AUAUUAUAAACAAUAUGAUUUAUUACUUUUGUUGAUUAUUUUUUUACAAAUUGUAAAUUGCAAUAACAAUAAAUAAAUAUACCUUUUAUAUAUGAUUUAAUCAUUAUAUUUAAAAAUGAUCUAUUAAGUAUGAACUGCCUAAUUAUAUCAGAGAUAAUUUAUCAUCACACAUUAAUAUUGUUAUACGUCCGAUAAUACGAUAUAUUAUAAGAAUUUACGUAAUGGAAUAGAUAAUCAUGAAUAGCUAUUUAUCAGUAGUAUUUUAAAUAAAGCGGUGCUUGUAUUUUAUGCGUCGAUUAGAAACUCGAAUAGUUCGUAAUACGUUCGUAGAAGUGAUUUGUAGGUUAAAAGAAGAAAAUUAAAAUAAAUUUUUAAAAUGCGUGCAGCAAUUGCAAUAUUUUGUGUUUUUUUGGGUUGCUGCACUAAUGUAGUUUUUUUGGAAUUGCUUGUUAAAGAUGACCCAGGUAGUGGAAAUCUUAUUACAUUUUCACAAUUUCUCUUCAUAGCCAUAGAAGGGUUUUUAUUCACUUCAAAAUGCGGAACUGUAAAACCCAAUGUCGGUAUAAAAGAUUAUUUCAUAUUAGUGACAAUGUUUUUUAUUGCUAAUGUUUGUAAUAAUUAUGCAUUUGAUUUUAAUAUACCAAUGCCUCUUCAUAUGAUCUUCAGAGCUGGUUCUCUGAUAGCUAACAUGAUAAUGGGUAUUAUAAUAUUAAAAAAACAUUAUGCAUUCAGUAAAUACUUAUCUGUUUUGAUGAUAACUCUUGGAAUUGCAAUAUGUACUAUUGUCAGUGGCAAAGAUAUAAAAUCCUUGCAAUCUAAACACGUUGAACAUCUUCCAACAACACCAUGGGAUGAUUUUUUUUGGUGGAUGUUAGGUAUUACAUUAUUAACUAUUGCAUUAUUUGUUUCUGCUAGAAUGGGUAUAUAUCAAGAGGUAUUACAUGCACGAUAUGGGAAAAAUGCAAGAGAAGCUUUAUAUUAUACGCAUUUAUUACCAUUGCCAUUUUUUUUAACUUUGACAUCUAAUAUUAAGGAUCAUUUAGUAUUGGCAAUGGCAUCAGAUCCAUUGAUUAUACCUGUGAUUAAUUUGUCUGUGCCAAAAUUAAUUGCUUAUUUAAUUGGAAAUGUUCUUACACAAUAUAUUUGCAUAAGUUCUGUAUUUGUAUUAACUACAGAAUGCAAUUCUCUUACAGUAACAUUGGUAAUAACUUUACGAAAAUUCCUUUCUUUAAUUUUUUCUAUUAUUUAUUUCAAGAAUCCAUUCACUGUGUACCAUUGGAUUGGUACAUUUCUAGUCUUUGUAGGGACAGUAAUAUUUACAGAAAUAAUACCAAAAAUCUCUCAAAAUCUGCAAUACAUUACAAAGAAAGAAAAAGUACAAUAGGAAAGUAUAUAAUCUCAAUUUUUUAUUUAAACGAAAUUGUGAAAAUAAAUGAAUAAAUGAAUGGAUAAGACAUUUUCUCGUUAAAUACUUUAUGGAGUAAUAUACAAAGUUAGUUUAAUAAAUUAAAAUUGUAGUUUUAGCUAAAGAGUUUAAAUUACUAAUGCUGCUAUAUCAGAAAUAUAUCUGAGAAAUUCACAUGAAUUCGACUAUAAAUAUAUUUUAUAAGAAAUAUAUUAAAGGGUUUAAUUGAUAUGGUAUAAAGUAUCGUAAUAAACAAAUGAAGUAUUAUUUCUUUCUAGUUCUUUACUUUUUGUUUUGCUAAUUAAAUAAAACGAAAGUAAUAAUAUUAUAUGUGACGUGUACAUAGUUUUUGAGGUUUAUAAAAAUAUAAUAUUUGGCACAAGUUCAAACAGAUAAAAUAACCAUGUUUACAUUGCCAUUAAUAUACUUGAUUGUUUUUAUAAAUGUUUAGAGCAUAAAAUGAUGUGCUAAAUUUUUUUAUAAGAAAAAAUAUUACUAAAAAAAAUAUAGCAAAUAUUAUUAAAAAAUGAAAAGAUAUUCACACAUUUGUGAUAAUUUCUUUAAUAGAUUAAUUUAAUAUUUACUAAUCCUAAAAAUCAUACAAAAUAACAUUCCACAGCCAAAUUAGUUUUAUAACUCUACUUAUGAAACAAAUAAAAAUGUCAAUAUAUAUAUUUAAUGAAUAUACAUUAUAAUUACAGUGUAAAUAGAAAUGUUCCUAUUUUUGGAUUAAAAAUUUUUGAAUUAUUAUUAUUAAUGUUAAUGAAGAAAUAAAUCGUUUUAAUCAAUAUCUUAGAACGUAUUUGUAUUUUGUAGAAUAUACUCUAUAUAAUAAAUACAUUUUAUAUAUAUAUAUAUAUAUAUAUAUAUAUAUAUAUAUAUAUAUAUAUAUUUCCAUCUUUCUCUACAAAAAAAUUCGUUUAAAGAUUGUUUAUUAAGUUACAUUAUAAUAUCGCAUCAUUAUAUAUAGAUAUAUAAAUAUAGGCUCAUUAAUAAGACGAUUUUUUAAAUUUGCACCAGCAAAAUGAGUUGGAUAGAACUUAGUAAAUUUGAAAAAAUGAAUAAUAGUUAGAAUUUGAUAUAUGCAUAUAAUAUUUAAUAACAAGUAGUCGAUCUUUGAUAAAUCUGUUAAAUUAAUAAUAUUUUAAAAUCUGAAAUAUAGAAUUUGUAUAAAUAUACAUAGGUAUGUGCCAAGAUGAAAUAAUUUGUUCCAUAUAAAAACUAGAUUUAAUUACAAAUUCAAAUGAUUAAAAUUUAUAAACAAUUAUGAUAUAAACGUAUAAAAAUAUAAGAAACUAAAACUUAAAUUGAAGAAAUAGUAACAUUAUUAUCAGAUGUGGUUAGAGUGUAAAAAAGAGAUUUUUUUUUCUUUUAUAUAAAUUUCUGUUUUAUAGCAAAUGAAUUUUUAAUAAAAUUAUCGAUCUUAAGAAAAUAAGCAUAUUUCUGAAUAACUAAUUUUAAAUUGGUCAACACACAUAGAUCUAAGAUUUCAUUCCAUUACUUUUGCUCUUUGUGAAAGGAUUUCAAAGUCUUUUCUGAACAAAAAGACUUCAAAGAUAUUGCAAAAGACAUUUCUAUAUAAGAUCAUUAUAAUUAGUUUGUUUACUUAUACAUAACAGUGGAAAUAUGUGUCAUAAAUAAAAAUAUAAUAUUUGAUACCAAAAGGUAUAUAAAAGGUAUUGUCAGAUUCAGUUUAACAGAUACUUUGAGAAAUAUUAUAAUAUAAUACAGUCGAA